GUUAACAAAUUAUGAAGGUAGAAAAGUAAGACGCGGCAGCAGCUAGAUCCAUCCUGAAUCCAGAGGUUCCGUGCCGAAAACUACUCCUAACUGAAAUAUAUACUAGUUAAAAAAAGAGUGAAUAAUCCUAUCUACCCUUUUGCUUUCACGCUUUUCAUACGUCAUACACCGGCCACUUGCACUUGCUGCCGGCUACUGCCUUACAGAAUCCAGACCACCGUCCACCAAGACCACUGCCGGCUGCGCCUGCGGCUGCCGUUCUUAGGCUGCUCAAGAGUAUUAGGCUGUUGAAGGAAUCUAAUGAAGUUCUUGCUAAGAUCAUGGACAAGAUUUCAAUAAUGGAGUGAUUGUAUUAUGGUCAUGAAUGGUGGAGUAAUUGAAAGAUUCAAAAUCAAUGGAGAUUAGGAGCUUCGCCGGGAAACAAUACUCUCUCAUUCACUCUAUUAUUGCCGUUGCUAUUUGGCUUGGAGCUUUUCAUUUCAUUGCUCUUCUCCUCGUCUCUUCUUUUCUCCUUCUUUCUCUUCCUAAAGCUUUAGCGGUUUGCUGCCUACUUCUAUUUUUUAUCGUUAUACCGAUCGAUGAAAAGGAUAGAUUUGGACGCAAAUUAGCUAGGUAUAUAUGUAAGCACGCAUGUGGGUAUUUUCCCAUUACACUUCAUGUCGAAGAUUACGAUGCUUUUGAUCCUAAUCGUGCCUAUGUCUUUGGAUAUGAGCCUCAUUCAGUCUUGCCUAUUGGUGUUGUUGCCCUUGCUGAUCUCACUGGUUUUAUGCCUUUUUCCAAAAUUAAAGUUCUUGCUAGUACUGCUGUGUUCUACACUCCUUUUUUGAGGCAUAUAUGGACUUGGUUGGGUCUCUCUCCAGCAACGAGAAAUAAUUUUAAAUCUCGUUUGGCUUCCGGUUAUAGUUGUAUCAUAGUGCCUGGUGGAGUACAGGAGACGUUUCAUAUGGAGCAUGGCUCUGAGGUGGUUUUUCUUAAAAGUAGGAAAGGAUUUGUUCGCUUAGCUAUAGAAAUGGGCUGCCCUUUGGUUCCAGUUUACAGCUUUGGUCAGUCUGAAGCUUAUAAGUGGUGGAAGCCCAGUGGAAAGUUGUAUUUACGAUUUUCUAGAGCUAUAAAGUUCACUCCUAUAUUUUUCUGGGGAGUUUUUGGGUCUCCAUUACCUUAUAGGGUUCCAAUGCAUGUUGUUGUUGGUCGACCAAUUGAAGUUAAAAGAAAUGAACAACUCACCGUGGAUGAGGUCUCAGAAGUUCAUAUGAAGUAUGUCGAGGCACUACAAGACCUAUUUGAAAGGCACAAAACAAGGGUUGGUCAUCCAAAUCUUCAAUUAAAGAUUCUUUGAUUCCUUAUGAUUGAUGUUGUAUAUAUAUAUGCACGUUAGACUCGCUCACUGUGUCUCCCAUUCCUGAAAGCAAAAAGAUAGUUGUACUGAUAAUGUUUGUACCGACGUUUCCUGAGACGUUUAGUUUUAAUCCCUUUGUAAUAGUUUCAUAAACAGCAACAAAUCAACAAAGCCAUACGUUCAUGCUAUUAUGAACUCUUGUGUAAAAGUAUCUUAGAGUUUUGGGAUGUUAAUAACCUUUUCAAUUGUCU